UUUAUAAGCCCCUUAUUACCAAACUAAAAAUAAUAUUCAUACCGAAAUUACAUCGUUCAUAAUUUGAAAUUAUACAAGUGCAAUGUGGAUACAAUAAAUACGCAAUUCGCUUUUCACCAACUUUACAUAUGGUUUCCCCUUUAUUAGAAUGCGCAUACCGUGGACAAAUUGGUUCUGCCGUCGGUACCAGCAGACAGGUCGGUCUAUACUUUAUUAUCUUCAUGACACAACAAAGGCGGCAAUAUAUGAAUUGAACAUAUAUUUAAAUGAAAAGGAAAGAUAUGAUCGUGAAUUUGACUAACUUCAAAAAUAUGCCUUUUCUGAAUUGUUUUCUUGACAAGUCCAAACAAGGAAAAAUAUAUAGAUAUUUUAAUGUAAUUCUCGAAAUAAAUACUCCCUAAAGAUUUUACGUAACAGAAAACAGAAGCAUUUCUACAACUGUCAUUAACCAUUGAAGAUUAAUCAAAGCAUUCAACGAUUAGUCGGGCAACUUUAAAAAAGAAAAUCGAGAUGUCCCGUAUGAAAAGUAUCUUCACAUUUUCUCAUUUGCUGUAUGAUCUUUUUGUCUUUUCUAUGAGGAUUACUUUCGCCAUGACUGUAGCUGCUUUUAAAAUGAUUGUACCCUCUCGAUCAAAGAAUUUACUAGGCGAAACGGUGUUGAUAACCGGUGCUGGUCAUGGAAUUGGCCGCGAAUUGGCUAUACAAUUAGCUUCUUUGGGUUGCAUAAUCGUUUGUUGGGAUGUAGAUACCGAAGCAAAUCGGUCGACGAUGAGUCUGGUAUCAAAAAAUGGUGGAGAAGCUUACGGUUUCGUAGUCGAUGUAUCGAAAAGAUUAGAAGUCCGAGAGGCAGCGAGAUUAAUGAGAAAAGUUGGCGUGCCAGAAGUGUCUAUCCUGAUUAAUAACGCCGCUGUAUUAUAUCAUUGCCCUUUUUUGAAUCAAGACACGGAUAUCAUAGAAAAGACGUUCAACGUUAAUGUUUUAUCAAACUUUUGGACGAUAGAAACUUUUUUACCCACCAUGAUGCAAAAUGGAAAAGGACAUGUAGUUUGCGUGUGUAGCAUGUGUGGUAUAUAUGGUGUGUCCCAAAAAGUAGCGUACUGUUCUUCCAAAUUUGCUGUAAGAGGUUUGAUGGAGGCUCUUUACGAGGAGCUGCGAUUAGACAGCAAGUAUACUAACAUACGAUUUACAACCAUUUAUCCAUUUUACGUGGAUACUGGGCUAGCCAGAGAUCCAAAAUAUAGGUUUCCUUAUAUAUUUGGUGUAGUAUCACCCGGAUAUGCAGCGGGAGAAAUAAUCAAAGCAGUUAGAAGAAAUUAUACCGAAUACUCUAUUCCUAGAUGUCUUCUUACCCUAAAUUCCAUUAACAGAUUGGUUCCUGAAAGUGCGAUGAGGUUGGUCCUUGAUUUCUUGGCGAAUGUGGAUCGUAAAUGCAGAGAAAAACUUGCAGUCCGUGAAACUGUCGCUUCGUAAAAUAUAGUAAUAUUCAUACAUAUAUAAAUUUAUGUUUGUAGAAUGCGUCACAAGAUAAUGUCACGUAACGUGUAAUUAAAAAUUUACAUUGUAUUAUAUUCAAAUUCGAUAAAACAACUUUUUGUUAGCAAGUAUGUCAUUAGGUAUCUUACAGAAUAAUUACAAUAAAUAUUUAAAUUUUGUUUGUCUCAUAGUAAA